AUGGAACCCAUCGCUGUUAUUGGCCUUGACCUCAAGUUCCCCGGCGAUGCUACUGACGCCGAUGGGUUCUGGGAUAUGCUGGUGACUGGCCGCUCAGCAUGCACAGAUAUUCCAGACGAUCGGUUCAAAGUCUCGUCAUUCUAUCACCCGGACCCAGAGCGCUCGGGCUCGCUUAAUGUCACCAGGGCGCAUUUUCUGAAGGGGGAAAUCGCUGCCUUCGAUGCUCCCUUCUUCUCUAUUACACCUGCCGAAGCGGGUGGCAUGGAUCCUCAGCAGCGUGGCCUGCUCGAGAAUACCUAUCGUGCUCUAGAAAACGCCGGAUGUCCCAUGAACAAAGUCCUUGGAACAAACACUGGUGUUUUCAUUGGUUGUUUUACUCGUGAAUAUGAAGCCAUCAUGUUCAAGGAGACCGAGAUACAGCAGCGUUACUUUGCUACUGGUACUGGAACAACCAUGCUUGCCAAUCGAUUGAGCUAUUUCUAUGACCUCCAUGGACCUAGCAUAAGUCUUGACACAGCGUGCUCCAGUAGCCUCAACGCCUGCCACUUAGCCUGUAACAGCCUAAGGUUGGGCGAGUGCGAUAUGGCAUUGGCAGCUGGCUGCAACCUGUUCUACAACCCUGAUACCAUCAUUCCACUCACAGCUCUUGGCUUUCUAUCUCCUGAUGGAAGAUGUUACAGUUUUGAUGAACGAGCCAAUGGAUACUCACGUGGUGAGGGGUUUGGAAUGAUUGUGCUCAAGAGGUUGAGUGAUGCUAUCCGGGAUAGCGACUGUAUUCGUGCCAUCGUUCGAGGAUCCUCAAGCAACCAGGACGGCAACUCACCUGGCAUUACACAACCCACUCGACAGGCUCAAGUUGACUUGAUCAACGCCGCUUAUCAAUCAGCUGGUCUAUCCAAGACGCAGACACGUUUCUUUGAGGCCCACGGUACAGGUACCCCUGUGGGUGAUCCUAUUGAAGCUAGUGCUAUUAGCGGUGCUUUCUCAGAGUAUCGCUCCGAGCAAGAGCCAAUGGUUGUCGGCGCAGUCAAGACAAACAUCGGUCAUCUUGAAGGCUCGGCCGGGAUCGCAGGUCUCAUCAAGGCUAUUAUGGUCCUUGAGAAAGGCAUAAUCCCUCCCAAUAUGGGCUUCCAGACCCCCAACCCCAAGAUUCCUGUUCAUGAUUGGCACCUCAAGUUCCCUACCAAGCCUGAAGCCUGGCCUACGAAAGGACUCAGGCGAGCUUCGAUCAAUGCCUUUGGCUAUGGUGGAAGCAAUGCUCAUAUCAUCAUCGAUGAUGCCUAUCACUAUCUCCUCGAGCACGGCUUGAAAGGCAAACACCAAACCAUUGAGUUCCCACCAGAUGAGGGGUUGAAGUCUUCUAUCAAUGGAGCUAAUGGUACCAAUGGCCAUUCUAACGGCAUCAAUGGCCACACCAACGGUCAUCAGUCUACUUCUAGCUCGAGUGACGACGAGUACAUCUUGGUGAAGCGCUUCAAAGGUCAUGCUCCCCCUAGUCGCUCAUUCUUCUUUUCCACCUUUGACGAAGCUGGAGCAGCUCGCAUGGCACAAGCUUACAAAGAGUUUCUUGCUUCCACCAGCAAGUCAAUAGUUGCUGGGUCUGAGGAAGAACAACGCUUCUUGAGUGACCUUUCUUACACCCUCAUCAACCACCGCACGUCCUUCCCUUGGCGGUUCUCCAUCGUCGCCGACAGCAUCAAGGCUUUGACUGACAAAUUGGAGGCUAGCCCUUCACCUGUCAGAGCCACUGUUGACCCUAAGCUCGGAUUUGUCUUUACGGGACAAGGUGCACAGUGGUACGCCAUGGGAAGAGAAUUGCUCUCUGUUUAUCCGACAUUUAGCACGUCCAUCUUUGCUGCAGACUUGUAUCUGCGAGAGCUAGGAUGCCCAUGGUCACUUGUUGGUGAAUUACUCCAGAACCAAGACAAGUCACGCAUCGAUGAUCCUGCACUGAGUCAACCAAUCUGCACAGCCUUGCAAGUGGCUCUUGUUGACCUCCUGGCCAGCUGGAGUAUUAAGCCUGCUGCGGUGGUCGGCCAUUCAUCGGGCGAGAUUGGUGCUGCCUAUGCCACAGGUGCCAUCUCGCAGGAGUCGGCCUGGAGGCUGGCCUUCUACCGCGGUGCUCUGUCCUCUCGACUGGCCAAAUCCCCCGACCAUACCAACGGUGCCAUGCUUUCAGUGGCUAUGAGUUCAUCAGAUGCCACGACAUAUCUCGAGGAACAUGUCGGCAGCGCCGCCGGUAGAGACAUCGUUGUGGCCUGUAUCAACAGCCCGAGGAAUGUGACUCUCAGCGGCAGUGCGGCAUAUAUCGACAAGAUCAAAGCUGCUGCAGACUCUGAUGGUAUCUUUGCGCGCAAGCUCAAGGUUGAUAACGGCUACCAUUCACCUCUGAUGGCUACAAUUGCCGACGAAUACAGGAGCGCGAUUGGUGAUCUCGAGGCCGGAACCAACAUAUCCCCAGGCCAAGUUGCCCCAGUCUUUUACUCGUCCCUCGGAGGAACAGUAAGCUCUGUCUCUGCUCUUCAGAACCCUGAUCACUGGGUUGACAACCUGAUUUCGCCGGUCCAAUUCUCCAAAGCCUUCUCGCUCAUGUGCUCCAAUGCCAGUUCCAGCACGCCAGUCAAGAAGCUUGGAUCCUCGGCUAAAGCAACAGUCAAGCCUCCAAAGAUCACUCAAGUACUUGAGAUUGGCCCUCAUGCGGCCUUGCGUGGCCCCAUUCGUGAGAUCAUGGAGCUGAUGCCAGAAGUGAGUGGUAUUGGUUAUGAAUCAGUGCUACGUCGCGGUGCUUCUGCCGUUGACACUGCUUUGGGCGCCGCCAACUGGCUUUGGUGCCGUGGGUACGAGGUGGACAUGUCUGAUGCCAGUAUAGCAAAGGACAGUUCCCUUGUUAUCAACGCACCAGGAUACCCCUUUAACCACUCCAACAUUUAUUGGAACGAGAGUCGUAUCAGCAAAGGAUAUCGCUUCCGUCCUGCUAUGAGACAUGAACUAUUUGGUGCGCCAGUGCCAGAUUGGGACCCUGCAAAUGCUGUGUGGCGGAACUAUAUGCGUCUUUCAGAGAACCCUUGGGUGAAGCAUCAUCGAAUCACGGGUGCUACUAUCUAUCCCGCUGCUGGAAUGCUUGUCAUGGCCAUAGAGGCUAGUCGACAGAUGGCAGACAUAUCUCGUGUAGUCAAGGGCUUCCGCAUUCUUGACGCUCGAUUUAAUGUUGCUCUUCGUGUUCCAGCGACACAAAAUGGUCUGGAGACGCACUUUUAUAUGCAGCCCUCACGUGAUCAUCCCGACACUGUAUCGAGGACUGUCCGCAAGUUCUCCCUCAGCAGUUACGAGGGCGGCGAGUGGCGUGAGCAUUGCCAUGGCCUGGUCGUCACUGAGUACGAGCAACCUUAUACUGUCGUGGACGAUGGACGAGAGGACUUUGAGUUCCAAGAAGCAUGCAGAAACAGACUCGCGAGCGUGGAGAAUGCUUCAAAGGUUGAGACCUCUUUCCGACAGCUCUAUGAGCAUCUGUCGACCGUUGGUCUUGACUUUGGCGCUACUUUCCAGACCCUCCGUGACAUUCGCUGCGGCGAUAUUGGAGAAGCUGUGGCGACAGUGGAGAGGCAAGAUCUCGAGAGCUUGAUGCCUUUAGGCUAUCUUCAAGACCACUUGAUCCAUCCUACUGUGCUCGAUGGUAUCCUCCAGAGUAUCAUUGUCAGUCUGACAAAAGGUGGUCGAGAGAUUGACCAAGUCAUGGUUCCCUCCGAGAUCGGCGACCUCUGGGUAUCUGCUGACCCCUCAACAUCCAAGUUUGAUGCUGUUCGAGUCUCUUGCUCAGGCAAGUUCCUUGGUAUUAGACAGGCUGAGGCGCGCAUCGUUGGUAUGGAUGUUGAUACCGGCAAGGCCGUCUGUACCGUGGACAACUUUGUCAUCACUACCGUGGCACGAAGCGAAGGCUCCUCCUCGUCUGACGCGGCAAGAAGACUAUGCUUCAACCUUGAUUAUAAGGUAGACCCAGUUCUUCUGGAUCAAGAGACCGCAGACAAGACACUCCAGCCUGAUGCAAAAUGUGGUGCUACACCUCAGCAGGCCCAGUUGAUUCAGGAGGUGGAGAUGAUGUGUUUCUUGUACAUCAAACGCUUCUGGGACAGGAUCUAUGAUGAGAACCGCGACGCCAAGUCAGUUCCUUAUCACAAGAAGUAUAUCGCCUGGAUCAAACACCAACUGGAGAAGUAUGACGCUGGCCUUAUCCCACAUGCCAUGCCUGAAUGGCGUGAACGAGCGGCCGAUGAUGAGUACAUCAGCCAAAUGGAGACCAAGCUUCUCACAGAGGGCUCAGCUGAAGGGAAACUAGUCGUCAAUGUGGGACGAGAACUCCCUAACAUCCUGGCUGGCAAGACUGAUGCCUUGGAACUCCUCUUCAAAGACAAGCUGGUAGAGAACGUUUAUCGUUCUGGAGUUGGAGCCGAGAUUGGUUACGACCGCAUGGUGGCUUACAUCGAUGCUCUGGCGCAUAAGAACCCAGCUCUUCGUGUUCUUGAGGUUGGUGCUGGAACAGGUGGCGCCACAAGACCCAUUCUCAAGUGCCUCACGACACAAGGUAAUGGCGAGACUGGCACGCCACGGUUCAGCCACUAUGCGUUUACAGAUAUCUCGAUCGGCUUCUUCGAGAACGCUCGAGAAAUGUUCAAGGAUAGUGCUGCACGUAUGAGCUUCCGCGCCCUCAAUAUCGAGGACGAUUUGGAGCAACAAGGGUUCUCGGGGCCCGGAGAACAGUACGAUGUCAUCUGCGCUGCCAAUGUCAUCCAUGCAACCAAGAACCUUGAGGCGACCUUAUCCAACGCGAGGAAGUUGCUCAAGCCUGGAGGCAAACUCAUUUUGUAUGAAAUGACCAACACUGGCAUGAUACGGACCGGCUUUGCUUUUGGACUACUACCAGGUUGGUGGUUAUCCGUUGAAGACUUCCGUCAAUUCACACCGCUGGCGGCUCCAAAUGACUGGUCCAGAUCUCUCAAGGCCAGUGGGUUCAGCGGUAUCGAUCUGCACAUCUAUGACUUUCCAGACCACAGGCAUCAGAUGGUCAGCGUCCUCAUCUGCACAGCUCUUGGUGAUGGAACUCAGGAGAAUGCACCAGCCACUUCCUACUCCUCAUCACCUAUCAAGAUCAUUACUUGUGGUACGGGGUCCAACUCAACCACGCAAGAGAGACUUGGUACCGCUCUUGAGAAUCAAGCGACCAGCCUCAGUACUAGUACCGAUAUUGUCAACUUGCACGAAGCUGUGGCAGAUCUUAAGGAGCUCCAACAAACUCGUUGCAUCUUCCUGGGAGACAUCGAGUCCGACUUCCUGGAACACGUUCAUGAUGAUGACUAUGAAGCUUUCCAGAAGCUGAUUAGUUCCACUAAGACGUUGCUUUGGGUCAACCAGGGAGGCGGCCCGUCGCCCAAGAACCCUGGCGCUGACAUGGUAACUGGUUUCGCUCGGUGCAUGCGUGCUGAGAACCCCGGACUAAACUUUGUUACUUUAUCCGUCGACGAACUGGAAUCCUUGGAUAAGGCUAGCUCCAUUAUCUUGAAAAUCCUCAGUUCAAGCGGUGGAAAUGAGAACACCUUCUUCGAGAAAGACGGCGCUGUUUAUAUUCCACGCAUCACCGAGGCCAACACGGUCAAUCAUCUCAUCGCUGCCAAAACCAAGGGCGAGCCAGCCAGGUCAGAGACAUGGCAGGAUGCUAGCAAAGACAGAGCUUUGACGCUACAGUGCGCUGUGCCUGGUCUUCUCGAUAGCCUUCAGUUCCAAGAUGACGAGCUAUAUGAGAAGCCUCUCGGACCUUACGAUGUUGAGGUACGCGUUCAUGCUACCGGCCUCAAUCUCCUUGAUGUCAUGAUAGCUCUCGGUCAGGUCAUUGGUGAAGCCUUUGGACAAGAGUGCGCUGGUGUAGUGACUCGUGUCGGAACAGAAGUUGAUCGCGUCUCUGUCGGCGAUCGUGUCUGUGGUCUCCUCAGGGGAACCUUUAAGACUUUUGCAAGGGGUUCUCAAUGGCAAUUCGCCAAGAUUCCCUCAACUGUCGAUUAUGAGGUUGCCGCAGCUGUACCAGUUGUUUACACCACCGCAUACUAUGGACUUCAUGAUCUAGCGCGCCUCCAAGCAGGAGAGAGCAUUCUGAUUCACUGGGGUGCUGGCGGUGUCGGGCAGGCUGCUAUUCAACUUGCCAAGGCGGUUGGAGCUGAAGUGUUUGUCACUGUGGGCUCUAUUGAGAAGCGAGACUUUGUGCACGAGCACUACGGCAUUCCUCUACAUCACGUACUGUCAAGUCGCGACUUGAGCUUUGUACACGGUAUCAAGAGAUUGACUGAUGGACGCGGUGUCGAUGUUAUCCUCAAUUCCACAGCCGGACAGACCCUGCGUGCUAGCUGGGACUGUAUUGCACCAUACGGGCGAUUUAUCGAAAUUGGCAAGGUCGAUAUCUUUGCCAACGCGGGUCUCCCAAUGGGACCGUUCAAGAAGAGCGUUACCUUUUCCUUCUUCGACAUUGGUCUCAUAUCACUUGAAAGAGGUCGACUGUUCUCCCGUGUCCUUCAAGAUGUCGUUGAUCUGCUUGCCAAAGGAUCCAUCACCCCACCGCAGCCACUUCAUGUUUACAGCUACUCCGAGAUCCAAGAUGCCUUCAGAAUCAUGCAAUCAGGAUCCCACAUGGGCAAGCUUGUCUUAAAGGCUAUAUAUGAUGAUGUUGUUCUGGUCGAACCCAGUCGAAAGCCGACGUAUCGCUUUGAUCCUGAAGCAACAUACCUUCUUUCGGGAGGUCUCGGCGGUCUUGGACGUAGCGCGGCACGUUGGAUGACAUCUCGUGGAGCUAAAAAUCUCAUUCUUCUCUCUCGGUCUGGAACCACGCGACCUGCAGCUCAAGAACUCAUAAAGGAGCUCGAAGAAGCUGGUGUGGCAGCGGCAGCACCCCAAUGCGAUGUAUCUGAUCGUGCUGCUCUUGAGAGGGUUCUCAGUGAUUGCGCCAAAACUAUGCCGCCUAUCAAGGGCUGCAUCCAAGGCUCCAUGGUCCUCAAGGACAGCAUAUUCUCCAACAUGUCUCAACAAGACUACUACACUGCCGUACGCCCCAAGGUGGUUGCAUCACGAAACUUACAUGAAUUGCUUCCCCAGAACCUGGAUUUCUUCAUCCUCCUCUCCUCGGCUUCUGGCGUGGUAGGCAACCGUGGCCAAUCCAACUACUGUGUGGGCAACACGUACCAAGAUUCCUUAGCCCGCCACAGGGUUGCUCUGGGGCUUCCAGGUGUAGCUGUCGACCUGGGAAUGAUCCUUUCUGUCGGCUUCGCUGCCGAGAAUCAAGAGAGUAUGGCUAAUCUUCGUCAAGAAGGUUUCAAUGCCAUGCGAGAAGACGAGUUCCUUGCCCUGCUCGACAUGCUAUGCGACCCGAAUGGGAAGUACUCUACCAAUGCCAACCGAGAGUCCCAGGCUUCCUCAUUUGCUCAAAUCGCAGUUGGUCUUGAGGCUCCAGCCACUCUUCGUAUCAAGGGCAUUCCAGAGCCUGCUUGGAUGACUGAUCCCUUAUUCAAGCAUCUAUACCAGAUCCGAGGCGAGGGUGAUCAUGAGGGUGAAGGGGAUGGUGAAGGUUCAGCCACGUCUUGUUCAACGCUACUUCCAGCGGCGGCAUCGUUAGCUGACGCAGCCAAGAUUGUUAGCGCGGCUAUUGUCCAGAAGCUUUGCAAAGCUCUGUCUUCAAGUGAGCGAGAUAUCGACGUGUCAAAGCCCCUUCACAGUUAUGGAGUUGAUUCCCUUGUUGCAGUUGAGUUGCGCGCCUGGUUCAUGAAGGAGGUUGGCUCUGAUGUUGCUGUAUUUGACAUCAUGAGUGGGCAGAGCUUGGAGGAGCUGGCUGAACUGGCGGCAAAGAGGAGUUCAUUUGCCAAUUUUGAUGACGAGAAAGAGGCCGAUUGA